CUGAACACUAGAUAUAUAUGCUCUCUCCUGUCCCAGCUUAUCUUUUGAACUGCAUUACAAGCCAGGCUAGGAUUCCUCCCGAGUAUAUGUCCCACGCUGGAAGUCAAACGAGCCUCCUUCAGGCUUUGUGCAGCCUGGGCAGCUGGCUGAACAGGUUCGAAAAGGAGAAGUGCAGUCCAACGGCAAAUGUCCAUCUCAACCCAGAUCAGAAUCCAUUGCCUGUACUCUCGAGACACAGGUCCAUACAGCGAGUUUGGGACGUGCUUCAGGUGUUUGUGAGCUUGUUUUGAAUGCGUUCCUCUGCUACCGCAGCUAACUCCGAGAUAUCCCAGUCAUCGAGUCAACCCUCCCCGAAAUACAGUAUUCCUAUAGUACAUGUAAUCGGCUCGUAUGCUGUACGAUGGAAUCAGACGUAGGCG